AUGCAGGAACAAAAAUCGGGAGCAGUGUUGGCUCGACUGCCGGCAACGACAAACCUGAUUGCCGGCGGUGCGGCAGGUAUCAUGGAGGCGUGUAUCUGCCAUCCUCUGGAUACUGUCAAGGUGAAGAUGCAGCUGUCGAACAAGGAGGUCCUCUCGCCGACAACCCGACACGGCUUCAUCGGGACCUUCUCUCGCGUGGCUCGCACCGAAGGCCUUCUGGGGCUGUACAGAGGCUUCGACGCGGUCGUGGUUGGGAUGGGGCCCAAGAUGGCAGUGCGCUUUGCCUCGUUUGAGGCAUACAAGUCUUCGUUCCAAACCAUCUCCGGCGACCAGCUCAAUGGAGCAACCAUUUUUUCGGCCGGUCUUGCGGCGGGAGUCACGGAAGCUGUCCUUGUCGUCAACCCCAUGGAGGUGGUCAAGAUCAGACUGCAAGGCCAGAGGCUUGCCCCCGCUAUCGGAGGGUCUGUUGGCAUGCCCGAGUACCGGAAUGCCCUUCAUGCAGCUGGUUCGGUUGCGUGGAGGGAGGGAGUUGGCGCUCUGUACCAGGGCGUGGCUCUCACCGCAAUCCGGCAGGGGACCAACCAAGCGGCCAAUUUCACCGUCUACACGAUGCUGAAAGCCAAACUCAUGCAGUCUCAACCCCAGGGAAUGGACCCUCCGAGCUACCAGACUGCCGCGAUUGGACUGAUUUCGGGCGCCGUGGGUCCCAUGUGCAAUGCACCUAUCGACACUAUCAAGACCCGCAUGCAGAACUCGGUCAAAGCCCCGGGUGAGAGCGGACUACGGAAGGGUCUUGUCAUUGUGGUGGAUAUGCUGCGGAACGAAGGAGUGCAUGCCUUCUACAAAGGGAUCACGCCUCGGGUCAUCAGAGUAGCGCCAGGCCAGGCUGUGACGUUCACCGUGUACGAGUUCAUGAAGAGACAGCUGCAGGGAUAG